UUGCGUGGGAUCUGACUCUCUUGGCAGCUCUCGAAGAUUCUUGUGAUCUUAAGUCUUCUUCAAGCCGUGAAGUUUCUUCUCACCUAGGAUGAAUAAAGUCAUCAGCACAAUUCACUCAUGGGUCAAAAUCACGGACAGAGCGCUUGCUUUUCUCGAAACACAGCUGUGCAGUCAAAUUAGAGGGGUGGCAAAACCUGUCAGGUCUAUGGGGAAUUCGAUGUUUCGAUAAGGUCAGCCAAAAGCUGACUGAAGAUUUUGAUAAUAACAACGCGAAUUUAAACAAUGCGGGAAAUAAUGCACGGAGAUAAGCUCUGUUCCAGUCUCCUUGUCUGCAUAAAACACUUUCACGCGCGAUUUACUUCAGGACAACUCGAGGAUGUAUAGCUGAUAGAGACGUGGAGCAAAUGUUUAAUUAAACUGGCUCAGGGAAACUCUAGACUCAAGGUAAUCCUCAGUCCAAGGGUGAGCGGGUCAAAACCACGUUCUGCCGUGAUUUGUGAAAAUCAGAAGAAGGUAUGCUGUUACAUUUUACGUCGAGUAAAAAUGGAUGGUAUUAUCGACAUAUGGGGAGGUGUCAAGGUAUUUCACGUCCUCCUCAAUGGAUAUUUUCGAAUUGGAAGAAUACUUUUCGUUCAAUCGUUCGAAUAUAAAAUGUAGAACGGCCCUCUUUCUGAUCUUGCUGCGUGACCUGGUUCAUUGCUGGUUCCUGUUGCGUGACCUGCUUCAUCGCAAAUAUAUUGUUCAUUUGCUUCACUGAUGAAUAUGAUUAAACGAGCGGUUACCAUGGAAUUGAUCUUGUGUUACAUUUUUAGCCUUUGUUCAGGCUUCUAUCAGAAGCCUAAAAGUUAAUCAAAUGCUAGUUAUACAGUGGAAAUGAUACAACUUUCUAAAGCAUGGCCGAUGUGAUUGCUUCUCCAAGACAAGAUUUACCUAAAAAGUUGCCUGCCUUGCCAGUAAUCGAGCAUCCUGGCUUGCGUCGGUCAGAAGAAAACAAUGACCUCUUGCAGAUCCGUGGAAACUCCCGCGAAGCAACUGCAAUUGUUGAUGAAGGAAAUGAUUCUCUACCACCAUUAAGGCGACGAACAAGCCAACAAGGAAGAAAAGGGCACUCCAGGGUAUUAACAUGGCCGCUAGGACAAGGAAAAGGAAAGACUUCAAACAGCAGUGGUCCAGCAUUGGAAAAACCUUCACACAAGCUCUCAGCUGAAGAGCUUGAAGAUCUCAUCCGUGAAAAGUUGCUGACCAGAAUAAGUGGGCUUCGUCAAUUGUUUCGUUCUAAUGAUCCCAUGGGCAAAGGCAAUGUAUCCAGAGAAGCACUUGCAAAUAUUUUGUAUCAUUUAUGUGGCUAUCUUACAUCUGACCAAAUCAGUGGUGUCUUAAAAAGGCUUGGGCUGGACACACAGAGUACAAUCUCAUUUGAAAAUUUUGUUCACCAUUUCCAAGACAAUGAGACUCUCACCAAGGAAUGGGUGGAUCCAGUGCUUAGACCACCUUCUCAUUUCAACUACCUUGCAAACCUCCCAGCUAACAGAUUACGUCAAAGACAAAGAGAAAUUGCUUUGGAACAGAAGCAUGCAGUGCACAAACAAGGACAGAAAAAAACUCCACCAAAAUUAUUUUCUGCUCUUGAAGUUUUCCCUCAACUUAAAAGAAGAGUUCAACAGGGGACUCUUUCUUAUGCAAAAUUACUUCCCCCAUCUUGUUUUGAUGCUGAUGGCAUGGUACUUAAGCCCCAGUUAAGGACUGCCCUACAGGUGUUGGGUUAUCAGAUGUAUGAGGAGGAAUUUGAGAAAGUUUGGGAUAGGUUUGACAAGACAGGACUUGGAGCAGUGAAUUCAGUGGUUUUCUUCAAAACGCUUGGAGUGAAUCCCUUCUAUGAGUUUCCCAAGAAGGUGAAGCAACUUCCCUCAACUGAACCUGAAAAAGAAGAAGAAGAGCAAAAGGUCUCCAGUGAAAAAGAACAUGAUGAUGAAGAAGAAGUUAGACUUCAUUCUGCGCAUGCAGAGGCUGGAAGAGACUUACCCCAGGAGGAAAAGAGUACUUCUGCAGGACAGAAUCGUGUUUUGACAUUGUUUGCUGAAAAGUUUAAAGAAGGCUACACCCAAGUAGUGAAUUCAUUCAAGAAGUAUGAUCCUGAAGAUACUGGACAGAUAAGCAAGGCAGAUUUUCGUAAAGCCUUGUCUGAAUACCGCUUGCAGCUUGGGCCAGUUGAAACUGAACAUUUUCUCCAAAGGUGUGGUAUGCGUGAACACAGCAUGGUUCCUUACAAAAAACUUAUGGAUUUGUAUUUAGACCGCUCUGAGAAAGGGCAGCUGCAAGCUGUGCUUGAUGAUCCUAAACACAGGUUUAAUCGCAGUAGAGACUCAGCUCUUGGUAGUACGACUGCGUUUGACGCAGAAGCCCGACUUCUGGAUAUUAUACAGGCAGACUUCUUGGCCUUGCUUGGCGCCUUCAAACAACUUGAUAGAGACAACUUAGGUGUAAUAAAGCGAUAUCAGUUUAAAGAAUUGCUUGAAGCUCGAUUCAAGAUGAAGGUUACCGACGAUGAGUUGACGUCAGUUUUGCGUCCGCUGUUGGAAGACACGAAUCACAGCCUGAUACCUUACGCCCGGUUCCUUGAGCUCUUUAGUUCACCGAGGCAACACAAAGAGGUAUCCAUUAAUGUAAAAAUACCAAGCCCCUCAACUGCCAAUGUCAAACCAACCACUUCACCCAAGGACUUUAACUCACCGAGAAGACCGCUAUCAAGAAAGUCACAGGAAAGGAGCGCAUCACACACGGAAACAGCCAAGAAAGAAUCACAGCCCCGAAAUGUUCUUCAGUUAUUCUCCUUAGUACGGGAAAUACUUACAGAGAAGUUCCAAGUAAUACAAAAGACUUUUCAGGGAAUGGAUCAACUUAAGAAAGGAUAUUUAUCCAAAGGAAUGUUUCUAAGAUUGUUUGAAAGAUACGAACUCAAGUUCACAUCACCGGAAGUCGAUUUACUUUGGUCCAAACUGCCUGUUGAGAAGGAUGGUAUGGUCAGCUUUGCGCAUUUAGUAGAGUUUAGCUUUCUAAACUUCAACGUCACUACAGCUGGAGAAGAAUCAGGCCAGGCUGCAUCAGGCUGCCUUUCACGCGUUCUUCAAGACUACGCCAAAUCACUAUCACACAACCGGUUGGAAUCUGUGGCUGAGGAAAAAGGUGUUGACUCCGACUCCUUUCCCACUCCACCCUCCGUUGUUGCGCCGGAAGACCAGGCAGAAUCCCCAACGGAAGACAAGACUCUUCCGCCAUUGAAGACUCAGAAUAAACUUUCUGUGGAAGAAAUUUUAAAGAACAUUAAACAACAGGUGUGCUCUCAGUGGAGUGAAAUGAGAAACGCCUUCAAUGCAGUGGAUAAGGAAGGAAGUGCUACGCUGGAAUUCGAUGAUUUUAAGGGUGUCAUGAAACGAUUUUGCAAGGAUAUGACAGACGAGGAAUGUUUGAGCCUUUGUUGGAAGUUUGAUAGGAGAAAAAAUUCCCGGGUUUGCUACCUUGAAUUCUUGAAGAAAUUCCUUCCCACGAUGCCUGUCAAGGUUGACCACCUCGGUCCCAUGGCACCGGUCACCAGAUAUCUUACAAAGGCGGCGUGGUUGGACGGGAAACGAGCUCAAGAGGCUGUUGAUACAGUUGUUGAUAAAAUUCGAAACCAGAUGAUUUCAGACUGGAAAGGACUGAGAAGAGCAUUCCGGAAGAUGGAUUCGUUGGGCGAUGGCUUCGUCUCCGUGACUGACUUCAAAGCUACUAUGUACAGGUUUAACUUUCCGUUAAACGAAGAAGAUUUCUUUCAUAUUUUCUCUGUGUUUGAUGAAAACAUGGAGGGAAGGAUCUCGUACGUGGAAUUUAUGCGGCGUUCAUUGAGCGAGUAAACGGGGAGUCUUCGUUAGAGUUGACAUAACCGGAACUGUGAAUAGUUUUUACUUGGAAUUUUCUCCUUUUUUCGUUUUGGUUUUCUCUUUUUUAGAUGUUUUUUUCUUGUUUUGAAAGUUUUUAUUUCUUUGUUUUUUGUGUUUUGUUGCUUU